GCCGAUCGUCAGUCCAUCGUCAACAGCGAACAGCGAACGUGCCACUCCACACCAGACGGUCGGUGGGCUCCCUUACCAUCAUCAGCUCCUCUCACAACGCUCGGUCCCGGUGGUAGUACACAACCGAUACUGUCUCGCCCUAGCCAGCAGCCAGCAUCAGCAGUAGCAGCAACAAGAACAGUGCUCCGUGUUCCGUGUUCCGCGUUUUGUUGCUCGUCAGCCAUCCAAGUGUUGUGCAAAAUGCUGCACCAGCGACCUCCGACAUUGCGUUACCAUCAGCGGUAGGCGAAGGGCAGCCGAUUGCGGACCGGAGUGUCGCCAUCCUCUGCAACCAUCCGAGGGAUACGUGAUACACGAGAUUGUGCGUUGCCGACACCCACAGUCAGCGUUUUCUUCUUUGUGCAGCUCGAGAACCCGAGCUCAAACCUGGACCUGGACCGGGACCGGGAUCAAACAGGUCAUCAGGCAAGGAAGACCGUAUCGCGCGGGGUGCGAUUGAUUGGCCACUUUGGUUUCGAGAUUCCAUCGCCGAGAGAAAAUAAGUAAUAAUAAGCGCCGUACUGCGACCAAAGUGAACCAUCCUGGUGUCCUUUUCGGUGGUGUUGAUGCGCUGAAGUACACAGCCGGUAGCUAGUGUGUGAGUGAGCCUGUUUUAGAGUGUUCGCUGUGUGUUUGUUUUAUCGGAUUUUAGCCCGGUGUGCGCUUCCCAAAAAACGAUCCUUUCAUCAAAGUGUUUCGUUUCCCUGUGUGGAGUGUUUUAGUGAGAGAGCGCGCUGGUGCGACCGAAGAUUCGACGUACCUAGCAUACGUGAAAGCUGAUCACCUUUCGAGUGCAGAACGCAGCAAGGCAGCUAUCAGCAGACCGUUUGCUUGCUAUCUCUUGGUGCAGUCCGCAUCCCGCCGCAUCGCCCAGCGACGGCACAAAGGACGGCGCCCAGCGGCACCGAGAAGACCAGCCAAGACAGGAACGGCAUAUCGACGACGAGCUUAUCGGACGAGCACCGCAAGGAAUCGGCGACGACCCUACGAUGGCACUGGAUUUCACACGCCGCCAGUGGCUGACACUGAUGAUUAUGGGGCUGGCCGAUUUCUGCAAUGCCAUCUGUGUCAGCUUACAGGCACCGUUCUUCCCCAACGAGGCUGAAUCGAAAGGAGCGACCGCGACGGAGUACGGGCUAGUGUUUGGCAUCUUCGAGCUGGUCGUGUUCAUCAUCUCGCCCCUCUACGGCCAGUACAUCAACCGGAUCGGGCCGAAAGUAUUAUUCAACAGUGGCAUCUUCACGACGGGCACCUCCGCCAUACUGUUCGGUCUGCUGGACCGUGUACCCGGCCACGUACCCUUCAUUACGCUCGCGUUCGUCAUACGCAUCGUCGAGGCGCUCGGUAAUGCGGCCUUCCUGACCGCGUCCUUUGCCAUCAUUGCCAAGGAGUUCCCAAACAAUGUGGCCACCACGUUCGCCUCGCUCGAGACGUGCUUCGGUUUGGGCCUUAUCGUGGGUCCGAUGGUGGGCGGUGCGCUGUACAGUGUGGGUGGUUACUAUCUGCCGUUCGUCGUCCUUGGAUCGGCCCUGUUCAUCACGGCCAUCCUAACGCUCUGCAUUCUACCGAAACACCCGAACGAUCCGACACAAAAUCUGGAAAAGUCCGCCUCGCUGCUGACUGUGCUCAAGAUUCCCGGUGUCGUCGUGUGUACGCUGGCCAUCUGCGCCACGAGUGCUUCGAUCGGAUUCCUAAGCGCAACCAUGGAACCGCAUCUGCGUCAGUUCGAUCUUUCGCCGAUACUGCUGGGUGUCGUGUUCGUCAUUAACGGUGGAGUUUACGCUUUGACGGCUCCGGUCUGGGGCUGGAGCGUCGAUAAGUUCCUCAACCCGAAAAUCGUCUCCUCCGUCGGUUGCUUCCUGGUUGUCGGUGGGUUCUGCAUGGUUGGACCAGCUUCAUUCAUUCCGCUGGAAACAACACUAACCUACGUGAUAGUUGGACUGGUGCUACAUGGCCUCGGGAUUGCAGCGGUGCUCGUCUCCAGCUUCACUGACGCACUGAACACAUCGAUCAAAAAGGGUUUACCGGACAGUAUCGAAACGUACGGGCUCAUCUCCGGACUCUGGACCUCCACGUUCGCCUUCGGAGCCUUCGUCGGACCGUCCGUCAGUGGGUUCCUGUUCGAUGCGAUCGGUUUCCGUGCCUCGACACUGUUCAUCAUCGGUCUGCAGCUGGUCGUGGGCACGAUCACCAUUCUGUUCCUCUUCUUCGAACGCUCGCCGGCACCUUACAAGGAACUUUCCUCCGUUGAGUCACUGGUGAAACCCACGACGGGCCCGCAGGACGGCGAUUCGCACAACGACACCACCGCCAGCCGUACCAGCAGUCUUGACAUCACGUACCGCGGCAGCAAGGCAGGAUUCUCGGGCAGCCAGAGUUCGCUCAUCGGUUCCUGGCGUCCCUCGGUAAACAAUCUUCUAAUCAGCAACAGCUAUCAAAGCAAACAAGGACACUGGGCGCGCUCCGUGACCGAACUCGAGGCAAACCAAGGCACGCAAUACGGUACGCACUAUGGGAGCUUCGAUGCGAGACCGGGCUACCACGAUACGAUGGCAUAGUGCCCCCGGCCCACACCACCCCCCUAAACGUGGCCAACGGAUCGGUAUUUUUUUCUUCUUCACGCUCGCUCGCUCGCUCACUCAGCGCACUCUAAGGAACCUGCCAAAAGACAACCAGCUUAACUAGUUGUAACUCUACCUCCUAAGUAUCAACCGCGCAGCAACAGGAUUCCGAGGGUGGGGGAAGACCGUUUUGACGUGACGUGAAUACUCGAAUAUGGCAGCUUUGGAUUGCGCGGUCUUCCUUUAGCGUCGUGCGGCGAAACGGAGCGCGUUCCUUGGCAGCGUUGAUAACGACCAUCAUCUUUCCCCUGUCCCCCGUGUGGUUUCCACCCGCAGACAGACAGACUGUUCGCUGGCUAACGGUGUGCCAUCGAAGCGGACGGCAGCAGGAGGGAACGAUAGCAAAGAUGUAGUGUAGCCCACAAGAACGUAUCCUAGUCGGUGGUUCAGUUCCAUGACACACAUUCCAUGAUGCCCGUUGAUUAAUGCGCACUAUAUUCAAGUGUUUCCCCCUUUUUUGGAUCGAUCCCUUCCCCCGAAAAAAAAACCUCCCGCAACAACAAAAGCAUACCGACCGCGCGAUCUUCAAACAUUCCUCCGUGCCAUGCC